AACAAAUGUAUAAAAUGUACGAAAAAAUGGAAAUCGCCGUGAAAAACUAAAGCCAAACACAAAAACCCCAGAAGAGAGAAGGCGCGUAAUUAAACCAAUCUACAUAUAUAUAUACGCAGUGUGUGCGUGUGUAUUUAACUAAUUCUAAUUAAGCGCACAAAUUGCACUGAACAAAAUGUUUAUAAUUACGGUAAUUAAACUUUUGCUAAUUGCGCUCAACAUAUUUCCAAGCCGUUUCACAAAUCGGCGGAUUAUGUUCCUCAUUUACAUGACGAACCUGGUGACCCACGUUAUGAUGGAUGAGCCACGCUUCGCACAGCCCAUACCAAAUGUCACCGUUGCCGUUGGCCGUGAUGCCAAUCUGCCCUGUGUGGUCGAGCACUUGGGCGGCUACAAGGUUGCCUGGAUACACAUAGAUCGCCAGAUGAUACUCACUAUACAUCGGCACGUCAUCUCGCGCAUACCACGCUAUAGUAUUACCUAUGCCGACAACACCUGGCUGCUGCACGUGAACCAGGCGCACCAGGAUGAUCGCGGCUAUUACAUGUGCCAGGUCAACACCAAUCCCAUGAUUAGCCAGGUUGGCUACCUGCAGGUGGUGGUGCCACCCAACAUACUGGACAUCGAGAGCACGCCAUCUUCGGUGGCAGUGCGUGAAAACCAGAACAUCAACAUGACAUGUCGCGCCGAUGGGUUCCCAACGCCCAAAAUCAUUUGGCGUCGCGAGGAUGGCGAGGAAAUUGCUGUGGAGAAAAAGAAGAAAGUGCUGGUCUACGAUGGGGAUGUCCUGCCAUUGACCAAAGUGAGCCGCAAUGAAAUGGGCGCCUAUCUGUGCAUAGCCACCAAUGGAGUGCCGCCCUCUGUCUCGAAGCGCAUUAUAUUGGAUGUGGAGUUCUCGCCGAUGAUUUGGGUGCCGAAUCAACUUGUUGGCGCGCCAGCUGGCACAGAUGUAACCAUCGAUUGCCACACCGAGGCUCAUCCCAAAGCCAUCAUCUAUUGGGUGUACAAUUCUGUAAUGGUAUUGCCGAGUAAGAAAUACAAGACCGACUACACAGAGAACUCAUAUCGCGCCCACAUGAAGCUGACGAUAAGAAACCUACAAUAUGGCGACUUUGGCAACUAUCGAUGCAUCUCAAAGAAUUCUCUUGGGGAAACGGAAGGCUCCAUACGUGUUUAUGAAAUACCUUUGCCAUCAACACCAUCCAAACAAGUAACACACACCACCGUGGAGUCCAGGGAGAGCAAUAUAAUACCAUCUUUACGCAACGAUACAACAAAAUCGCUGCAAACGGAUCUUUAUGCCAUGAAAAACGAUUUGUAUGCUGGCAGUGGCUCAUCAUCGGCGGGUUCCAGCUCCUCGGCCGCCUCCUCCUCCUCGAUGCAAACCUCCUUGCUGCCCGGUGGCGCCGCCGGCAAUAGCCUCUCGGCAUUGAGCGGAGCCGGCGGCAAGGGCUCCCUGGCGAUAGGCAAAAGCAUUUUCUUUACGGAACGUCCACCGAACGAGUACGCCAGCUCACUGGCUGGAGCUCUGGCUGAGCAUAGGCUAAGCUGGCUGGGCGCAGGAUUAGUUUUGCUGUUCGCUGCGCUCUGAAAUCAAUAAUUUAGUUGCUCCAAAAUAAUAAAAGGCAUUUGUAAAAUGCAGCCAAAGGGGGUACAAGGGUUAGUAAU